AUGUUUAAUGCAUUGUUUUCAAAUAAAAAAAAAAAAUCUGAACAAGAUCAAGACCAAGUGAUUGAAAAAAAUGAAGAGAUAAUAAAAGACGAAAAAUAUAAAACAAAAAAUAAUAAAUCGGAAAAUGAUAAUAAACAAAAUGUAUCCAAUAAUUAUCCACAAAUUGAUGAUACUAAAGGAAAAGACAAAAAUUCAAAUAUUUUAAAUAAAAAUGAUCAGAAAAAUUAUGAAACAUUAAAAACUGAUUUGGAUGAUUUUAAAGAAAAUGAAAAUAAUUUAAGAGAUAAUACAAAAAAUGAGCAGUUGAAUAAAUAUGGAAGUACCUCGGAAAGCCGAAGCCGAAGCAGAAGUAGAAGUAGAAGUAGAGAAAAACAUGAACAUAGAAAUAAAGAUAAGCAUAAACAUAGAAAACGGUCAAGAAGUAGAGAACGAAGAAAGAGCAAACAUAAGCAUAGACAUAGAUACAGGGAUGAUACUUUAAGUCGGAGCCGAAGCAGAAGCAGAAGCAGAGAUCGGAAGAAGAGACACAGAAGUAGAGAAAGAAGAAGAGAAAGAAGUAGAGAAAGAAGAAGAGAAAGAAGUAGAGAAAGAAGUAGAGAAAGGAGUAGAGAAAGAAGAAGAGACAGAAGAAGAGAACGAAGUCGGGACAGAAGAAGAGACAGAAGUAGGGACAGAAGAAGAGAGCGAAGUCGAGAUAGAAGUCGAGAAAAGAGACGAAAAAUCGAUUCAAAUGAUGAACAUAGAAAUAUAAAAAGAAAUAGAACAAGUAGUUAUGACAGUAAUGAUAAUAACAAAGAGAAUCAAAUAAACAACAUUUCAAGAAGUCAUAGUGAAAAUUAUGAUGAUAUUAAUAAAAAUGAAAGUUCGAAAAAAAGUCAAAGUCAAAAUAGCAAUUAUAAAAAAACAGAAAAUGAAGAAUUAUCAGAAAAUGAAGAAUUAUCAGAAAAUGAAGAAUUGUCAGAAAGUGAAAUGCUUAAAAAGUUAAUGGGAAUUAGUGAAUUUGCAACAACAGAAAAUAAAUGUCACAAUGAAACAGAUAUAUCAGGUAUUAAUAAAAGAACAAAAAGAAAAUAUAGACAAUAUAUGAAUAGAAGAGGAGGGUUUAAUCGCCCUUUAUCCCCUGCCUUUUAG